AUCCAAGUAGAUCGCUUUGGAUGCAGUUGUGUGGCGACCAGCAAAGUGCAUAAAAGUAUAUUAGUGGAAUCAGCUUUUCCGAGUGCCGUUCAUAAUCUGUUCCUCUUCUGCGUGAUAGAAGAAGUUAUUGUCUUUUUGUUUUCGAUCCGACUCCGACUUUAUUCCGAGUUCAAGCCCCCAUCCCGAAGCUGAGGGCACCAUUAUCGUAGUAGGCAGUGGCAAGCGGAAGAAAAAGUGAAAAUUCUGUGCUCUUGGGUUUGUAACAAGUGGAUUUUUGCUUGGUAGUUCACAAAAGAAGUUUGAAGGACGAGGGAGUCUGAAGUGGAUUAGUUUUUUGAUGGCUGAAUUCAGGAGCGGAAUAUAUUUUCUGCUGUCGUAAUCGAUCGAGUUCAACUUUAGUGAAAUUCGUUCCUUUCGCGGUGGGAAGAAGAAACUGUGCGUAAUAUUUUCUGUACUAAUUUUGGUUCUCGACGAUUGCGAAACCAAAAAAAGCAUCUGGGAGCUGUCUGUCAAAGCAGGAGAAAGGGGAAAACGCUGCAGCCAAAUGGUGGAAACGUCUCAGUAGGUGACGACCACGAGCGGUUUCCAAGGUGUGAAUGAAGUGAAAUUUGUGCAUAUCGAAGAAAGAAGAGAAGUCUGUCAGACGAGUGAAAAGUGUUUUAUUCUGUGCGAAAAUUGGUGGUAGGAAGAAAAUCAUUCUAGCGACGGAGGAAUCCGAUUGAUAAGUGCAUCUUUCCGAAGUGCUGUACUAUGAUGAAUUACGAAAUUGCUCGUUUGUGAAUUUGAGCUGCUUGAGGCGCUUGGAUGAGUAGGAAAAAAAUAUUGCCUUGACGACGACGACGAAUCCGUCGCCUACUGUUUUGGAUGUCCGCCUUUUGCUUCUGUCAUCAUUGGAUGUAAACACCGGGAGAAGAGAGUUUGGCACCGUGAAGGAAACGGAUUACCAGUGUGUGGAAGGAAGUGUCGGAAGCCAAGUCGGACCAGAAGCAAUCCCCACAGCCCCCACCACCGAUCACAGCACUGAUCAGUUCAGGUCAUGGUGAUUAUAAAUAAUAGAUAUGAGUAUUUAUCCAUCCUGAAAGCGCCAGGAGUAAGAAUGCAAACUCCUGUAGUGAGCAACAACAACUCUUCGACGACGACAUUGACCCGUGAUUCGCUGGUACAGUCUCAACAACAGCAGCAGCAAAAUCAACAGUUGAACAACAAUAACAACAACAACUCACUGCUGAACAACAACAGCAUCAAUCUCAACAACAACAACAAUAACGGCAACGGAGUUAGCUUGAGUAACAACAAUAAUAACAACAACAACAACGGCUUGCCGGGGCUGGCAAAGGCGGUGCUCAUCUGCCGGCAGAAUUCACACCCCUUCAACAAUCGAACACUCUUUCUUGAGCCCCAUCAAGAGGUUAAAGUCGGGCGAUCCGUUGCGAGGAACCGCGUCUCCGAGAACAAUGCAAUUUUCGACUGUAAGGUCCUAUCUCGAAACCAUGCCGUGCUAUGGUACAGCGAUGGCAAAUUCUACAUCAAGGAUACCGGCAGUAGCAAUGGCACCUUCAUCAACAAUGUCCGACUCAGUCAGACGAGCACCGAGUCGGAACCGUACGAGGUCAGUUCGGGGGAUAUCGUGCAGUUCGGAGUUGACGUCAUGGAGAAUUCGCGCCGCGAGACGCAUGGUUGCAUAGUGGCCACACUAAAGCUGUUCCUGCCCGAUGGCCGCGAGACGAAAGCCAGCCAGUCGAUCGGAGUCGGUGGGGCCAGCACCAAGCUACCACCGGUGGACCUUUACCGGCUCAAUCAGUAUAUACAGGAGGCUAAUCAGCGGGAGCAGAUUCUGGAAACGAAAUUGACGAGUCUGCAGAAGAUGGUCGAAGCGACGAAACACAAUUCCGCGUUGGGAUGGCAGGCGAUGAUCGACGAAGAUCGGUUGCUCAGUCGAAUCGACAUGUUGGAGAAGAAACUACAGUACUUCCAGAAGGGCAUGACCGACGACAAACUGCGGGAAGAGGUCCUAAAACUUCAGGAUGAGAAAUAUCAGUAUCAAAACUCGGCCAAGGAUGCCUUGCGAAAGGUGCACCAGGAACGGUUGGACGCAACCCACAAGGUAGCCACGAUUGAGAAAGCUCUUUGCAGUAGCGAGGACGAGUGUUCGCUGCUACGGGAGCAGCUGAACAAAACGCAGCUGCAGUUGCAGGAAGUAACUGGCAGACUCGAUGCACUACAAAAUCAGUACGAUGAGCGAGUGGCGUCCAGCGAAGAACAGCUGAAGGUGAAAGAAUCUGAAAUAACGAACCUAGGUCACGAGAUCAAUAUGCUGCAGGAGAAGCUGAGUUUCUACGCGUUUUAUGCAUCUGAUGAAGAUGAGAAUCAACAGCAGCAGCAAGAAUACAACAACUCCGCUAUCUCUGAUUGGUUACUAAAAUCUGAUAUUAAGAAAAUGGAAGGAUCUGAAGAUAUUAUUAAGGCCAUUUGUAAUGAUGCAGAAACCGACAUCAAUGCAGACGAGAAGGAAGUGAACCUAGAGGAUAAUGCGAUGCAGUUACAAAAACGGAUUCUCACUCUGGAACGGAACAUUUCACUUAUGGUGGACGGCGAAAGCAAACCUGAGAAUGAAAAUAACGAGCCCCUCGACAACGCCAGUGUAACGUCUUCUUCAACUAUAAGCACAACGAUAGCCAACGACAACAGUGCUAUCGGUGAAAUGGCGGCUUCCGGUGGAGCAACCAGCAACGGCGAAGAGUGUGACGGCAACCAGAAUGUGAGCAGUAUAGGAGCCAGCAUUGGCGAUGCCCAACAAUCCAUACCGUCCGAGAGUGAAACGACGACAACGACCACUGCAACCUCGAACGCCGAUCAUCAGCAACAGCACCAGCAACUACAAAAACUAUCUGAUGAGGAACUCAAAUCGCCCUCGAAAAUGAACUGCGAGUUGAGCAAGAAAGUGCUGAGGCGCAACCUGAAACACGUGAAAAGUGAAUGCGCACUGCUUUUGCGGCAGAUUAGCAAAGCGAAGGAAGAUAAUCGGAAGUCUGAGGAAAGCAUGGUAGCCAAAGCUAAAUACGACGAAUUGGAGGCGGAGCUGAGAGUGCUCAAGCUGGAACUGGAUACUCGGCCCAAAUCCGAAGAGUUUGAAAAGAAGCAACAACUGUGCGAAAAUCUCACCGAAAGUCUCGCGUCGUUAAGAAUUGAGACAGAAGAGUUGCGAUCAUUGAACGAACGCUGUCAGGAUGAAAUAGACCGCAUGGAAAAGGAGCUCCUGAAGCAGAAGAACAUUGAAAAUGAUAAACUCAGUGCGAUGGCUGCUGCACAUCAGCAAGUUGAUUCGAUUCCAUCGGAAAUAACUCUGAGUGCAGAUGCAGAAACGUUGACAAAAGAUGACCACCAUGAUACUGCACAAGAAUCUACCAGGAAAAUCAUCGUAGAUGCCGAAACACAGACCGAUGUCGAGGAAAAGGCUAUGGUAAUAGACGAAGUGAUCGAUAACGACAUUUCAAUUUGUUCAAAUUUGGAUGAAUUGGAUGAAGACGAAGAGGAUGACGAUGAGAAAACAGAAACCAUUGAUACGACGGAAAUUUUCGUUAGUCAAAACGUGUUAUUGGACGACAGUAGAGUAUUUAACGACAGUAGCAGUCUUGGUUGGACUGGAUCAGUGACCAGCAAUAGCCAUAGUAGCAGUAAUCCUAGCAGUAAUAAUUUGAGUCUGACUGGUAAUGAGUUGGAAACUUCUAAGUUCUUGGAGAGCAUCGGUGAGCCAAAUGAAUCUGCUUCAGCACGGAUGGGUGACAGUUCGGUUCUGGACAAGAGUGGCGUUGAGCAUGAAUUGGAACUCAUAAACCAUCCGGAUGUGCAACGCGAAGAGGAACUGAUUGCAUUUAAGGAGAAGUAUACUCAUCUUACUCAGGAGAAUAUCCGGCUCAACCAGCAGCUGCAAAAGCUUAGUGACGAUUUUAGCCAUUUCAAGAGCAAAUCGUUCAUCAAUCUUUUAAUGUACAUAGCACCCGUCAUUGUUAUCGUUGGUUAUAUAAUGUUUAAUCGCGUAUCGUAAAUUGGUCCUCCCACUAGAAGUUUCAGUUUAAUUCAGUUGCAGAGGUUAGGAAAUUUUAUCAAUAUUUAUUCGGAUCCCAGCUAAAAGCAACAGUAAAAUUAUAAAUAAAUGAUUUUGCCUUCUCUAUCGUACUUUCAGUUCUUUUAGGAAAAAAUAAUGUUUUCGUUGUUCGAUCAUCCCUAUUUUGGCAGAUAGCUUUAAUAUAUAUUUUGUCUUUUGUUUUGUUCGUUUUGUGAUUCUGUCUGUAAUUAUAAUGCAUAUAUUUAUUAUCGAAAGAAAGAAAACAUUGUAACAAUUAUUAUAUAGGGCAAGAAACACAUAUAUAGGAGAGUUAUACAGGAAAGAACGAGGAAUAUUUUCUUUUCCUUUUCUGUGUGCAUGAAGUAAUUUAUUAAUCAACCAAUAUCAACAAACUAUUUGAAGCAACCACUGUCUUUAUAUAGGUAAACUACACUCAGAAACAAUUUCCCACAUACACCAAUUCAAUCCCAUUGCUAGCAGUAAACUUUUGGCAACAUAAAUUUUCUCCACGACAAAAUGAUCAGGAUAGCUUUUAUACACAGAAGAUGGAUUAACAUUGAAAGACGGUCUCUCCCUAUCUAGUGUGUAUUCAUUUGUAGCGGAAUACAGUGCUUCUAUUGUGCAACGGAAAGAACUAAAAUAUCAAGUCUUCAACAGAGCGAAAAUUAUUAUAAUCUCCCUCUUGAACUGUUGUGGCAAAGUCGAGCGAAGUUUUUCCAUGCUAAUAAUACUAUACCUUUGCUUUGACGCGUUAGACAAAUACGAACGGACAAAUUGAAUCUUAUUCUAAAACAAAUUAAUUUUAUCUUCAAAAACAGCUCAUUCAAGCUACUACUCGGACAUUCACACGUAAUAAUCUCGACUCGAAUAAUGUAACUAAAAAGCUAUGCCACGAAAUGACGAAACACGGUUCUAAAGUUGGCACCUAAACCGCGUAAUAACAAGAGAGUACAAAUAUUUGAAGGUGUAUAUAUCAAGAACCUUCUCAAAACUCGAAAAUCAUAAUGCGGAGACUAAUGGAAUACAUGACAGAUAAAGGACAAAUAAAACCUAAGAACGAUGUACGACAUGAAAGAUUUCUACGCGAAUUAUUUGUUGAUGCAUUAAACCCAUUGGAAAACUCUGUUUUGUCACUCACAAUAUGCCAAUGAAGGAAAAUAAAAUUGUUCGAAAAUCAGGUUGCCGAAUGAGUAUAAGGGAUAAAAGUAAUAAGUUGAUGCUUGAUGUGCUGCAAGAUAGCAAGAGAGUUAGGAUUAUAUCAAAAUGAUUCGACAAAAGAUAGGAAAGCUGAGGCGGUUUUCAUGAGAGCUGGAGCGCGCGCUUUUGGGUUAAUGAACGCAAAACUGUGUACAUUUAUAACAUUGUAAGAAAACAUAUGAUUAAAGAGCAGUGAUGCUUUGUGCGGGCGUCAUAUCUAAAUGCAAAUAAACAGAAAAUAUUAAAAUCUU